CGUCCGCAUUUAUACAUUCUACGUUUCGUUCGACGGAGCUAUUCGUUUGAACGCUAUCAUCACGAUGGAAUUAUUUUCGUUCUUAUUUUCAUCGCCCUUCGGGUUGUUACUGACCACUCUGAUUAUUAUCGGCGUCUUAAAAUUUGUUGCACUGAUGCAUCGUGUAUACUUUUACUGGAGAGGUAAAGGUGUUCCUUAUUUGCCCGAUUCAUUAUGGUCUCUCGUAAUGGGUUGGAAGGUAUAUCUGCGUCGUCUGAGUUUGGCCGACCAUAGUCUUUUUAUGUACAAUUACAUCCCGAACGCUAAGUAUUGUGGAAUGAUGGAAUUUACCGCACCUGCCGUGCUUCUACGCGAUCCUGAACUGAUCAAGAAUGUGAUGGUGAAGGACUUUGAAAUUUUUCACGAUCAUCGCAGCUUCGUGGAUGAAAGUGUGGACCCGCUGUUCAGUAAGAAUAUCUUCUCCUUACGCGGAGAUCGCUGGAGAGAAAUGAGAAACACAUUAAGUCCCUCUUUCACCGCUAGCAAGAUGAAGAUUAUGUUCAAUUUAGUAUCAAAAUGUUCUCGUGAAUUCGUUAAUUAUCUCGUCGAUCAUCCGGAAAUGUAUGCUGCGAUUGAGACGAAGCAAAUCUUCAGACGGUACACCACUGACGUAAUCGCCACAACGGCCUUUGGCAUAAACGUGAAUUCUAUGAAAGAUCAAAACAAUGAGUUCUAUGUGAAGGGAAUAGAAAUCAGCAAGGUUUUCAGCGAAUUUCUAACUAUAUUCAAGUUCAUGUUUAUGUAUAUAUUUCCGCGUUUUGCCAAGUUGCUCGGUAUGACGGGAUUCAGCUCAACGUCUACGGUCGAGUUUUAUAAGAGAAUUGUUGGAGAGACCAUCAAAAUUCGAGAAGAGCAAGGUAUCGUCAGGCCGGAUAUGAUUCAGUUAUUAAUGCAGGCUCGGGACAAGAAUGAUCCCAGCGUCCACAAAAUGACAUUGGAUGACAUCAUUUCGCAAGUUUUCAUCUUUUUCUUUGCCGGUUUUGACACAACCUCGACGCUGAUGUGUUUUGUCGCUCAUGAGCUGGCGAUUAAUCGAGAAAUUCAAGAUCGCGUGCGCGAGGAGGUGCAGCAGCAUAUCGCUGAAAAUAAUGAGAUUUCUUAUGAAUCGCUGUCGAAGAUGACUUAUAUGGACAUGGUGAUUAACGAGACGCUUCGAAAGUAUCCACCAAUGAUCGUCAUCGAUAGAUUUUGUACUAAGAGUUACGAGCUGCCUCCGUCGCAGCCAGGUUGCAAGAGCGUAACUGUCGAAUCUGGCAGUACAAUGAUAAUAUCCGUUUAUGGUUUACAUCGUGAUUCUAAAUACUUUCCGAACCCGGACAAGUUUGAUCCCGAACGAUUCAGCGAAGAAAACAAAGGCAAUAUUGUUCCGUACACUUACUUACCUUUUGGACACGGGCCUAGAAAAUGUUUGGGCAAUCGGUUUGUUCUCAUGGAGACCAAGAUUCUGAUAGCUCAUCUCUUGCAAAAAUUUAUCCUAAAGAAAAUGGAAAAAACUGUCGAUCCUGUUGUAUACGAUAAGAAGGAAUUCAAUCUGACACCUGAAGGCGGAUUCUGGAUCGGUUUGGAGAAAAUAGAAAAGUGAUGAACUUGUAUGCGAAAUGCAUUUAAAACUAUUUUUUGAUAAUUAAACAGGAGCAUUAUAAUUCUUUCGAAAUGUUUAAUCAUGUAUAAUUUUUGCAUUUGAUGAUAGUGAAAGUUUAGGAUCUCUUUACGACACAUCAUCAUUAUGCCAUUUGAAUGUUAUACAAAUUUAAUAUUAUAUAUUUUAUUGUUCUAUUUUUAUAGCAUUAAUAAAUUAUUUUUGGUUGGUAAAGAUUGACAAAGUGAAAUAUUAUGAUGUGUACUGUGUAUCAUGACCUUGUAGGCUGUUGAUUCUACUCGUUCAUAUUGAUGGACUUUAAUGACUUACGUAACUUGUAUUUAUAUCAGCAAAUAACAGUAGAGACGACUUAGUAGAAACGUUCAUUUCUUUAUAUGAGAAAAAAUCUUUUAUUAUUGCACAAAUAUAUUUUGU